UGUACAUAGGCGUUUCUGAGGCGGUAGGAAACACUACGGAAUUUAAACCGAAUCAUUAACGUUAUCUCACAGGAAAGUGUUAAAACUAAAGCUAAGUGGACUGACACACCGUUUCUGAGUCUGAAUAUAGCUGACGUGGGAUAUUAAAUGUGUAUUUAUGUGUAACUGGUGCUAUAAUGUCAGAGAUAAAGCCCUGCAAAGUGUGUAAGUUAAGCCGUGAGAAAUAUUACGGCGUUGUGGUGGUUUCACUGAGUCAACUCAGAGUCAAAGGUAGUGAAGCAUUGGGCUACAACUCAUCCUUCGUGUCCGUGGUGCUCGACGAUGAUGGAACCGUUGUGGAAGAUGAUGCUUACUUCUUGUGUCUUCCCCCGAAUACCAAAUUCAUGUUCUUGCAAGAUAAAGAGAUGUGGAAGCCUGCAAAGCGAUUUGACGGAGGCACGGCAUGGCUCAUGCGGUCGUUUGACACGGGCACUGACGCAGUAGACGGCACGCAUGGAGAUGUAGAACCCUGGCACAGUUUAGCUGAUCAACUGAGACAGGAUCUGGCCAGCAUCGUUCUCAUGUCUGAGGCUGAUCUAGAGAGUCUUGUGGCUGUACCCUGUGCAGUCCUGGCCUCAGCGCUCACUUUCUCAGAACAGAAAACCCGUGAUUUACAAGACACCUUGCAGAGAGUGCUGGACCGCAGAGAAGAGGAACGACAGUCCAAAGAGCUGCUGCAGCUUUAUCUGAAGGUUGUGGAGAAAGAGCGCAAUCAAGAUUUGCAACAAGGUGAAACAGCACAGGAUGCGGUGGAUUGCAUUGAGGUGGACUCAGCUGUAGGGUUUAACUCUAGGACACUGCUGGUUUUGAAGGGCAAAACAAGCCCUGAAACGAGACUCUCCAACGAGGAACUGCAGAUGGUGCUUAGGCAGGGAGUGGAGACGAUGAUGGACGAGCUGGGCUGGGACAGAGGCAGGACUGCGGUGUUAAUACAGGCCUGUGAAGAAGAGCUGAGUAAACGUCUGCAGCAGGUCCAAGCCAUGCAGUCACUCAGCGCUCACUCACAGUGCACCGAUUCCACCUCCACAACACAACCACAGACAGAGGAGACCAGAGCUAAACGUCGAAAAUAACCCAAGCACGGUUUUAAUCUCUCUGGAGAUACACUUGUGUAUUCAGGGUUAUAUUGUUUUGCCUAGUUCUAUUCAUUUUGAUACUUCAAAAAUUUCUGGCUGAUUGGAUAUCAUUUUUGACAUCAUGUGUUAAGAAUUGGCUUAUCUGCUCAGACAAAUUUCUCACAUGAAGUGGCUUUGUAUUUGGUUCAGUUUAAAGCCCGUAGUUUAUUUACCUGCAAAAAAUGUGACAUGAUGUUUGCACCACUGUUGUAAAUUCCACUGCUUUGACGCACAUAAAGAAAAUACCAUAUAUGUCUAAGAUUUACAAGCAAAGUGAAAAUCUGUUCUUUUAACUGUGACAUUUUAUAUAUCUACUUUACCACAAUGCUGACAAUUAUAUAUGAUAAUCCAUUAUAACAGAUUCUAGAUAGGUGGG